AUGGACGCCGACACCCCCGAGACGAAGCCUCUCAUCGAUUCUGCAUACAACGCUAUGGCCGACACAGCAACGAAUGGCGCAGGCACGAGCCAGCAAGGCUAUUCGAACGGGAAUGGCUCGUCGGCACACGACCGAUCAGACACACAGCACCACAUUGCGUCGUCACGCCAAUCCGACGCACAGGUCCCGCCAUAUCUACCUAGCUUAGACAGCAACGCAGCGACACGAGAUCAGCAAGAGACACGAUCACCACGGCGGUCACCGACGCCUUCCAUGUCGUACGCGAACGAUCCAGAAGGAAGGACACACGACUCGUCUAGCUCCAGUCCAUCAGCGUCUCCGUCGUACCCCAUCGGCCACUCGAGCAGUAACGGCAAUCACGAUCUCACCGACGUAGACGACUCGGCCUAUCGAUCCCAAAAUGGUCCACCUUCAGCACCAAUAUCGCCGAGCAAGGGCUCUACGACCAUCUUGAUGGCAUCGCGGAAGCAGAAUAGCGCAUGUGACGCCUGUCGGAGCCGCAAGGUGCGCUGCAACCGAGACCCUGGCGAGGCGAGAUGCAACCACUGCAAGGCCAAGAACAUCGACUGCACCACACUCUACGUACAGUGGGCCACCUCGUCGGCGAAGCGACCAACCAAGCGACCAAGAUCGUCCCUUCAUGUGCCACCAGAAGAGAAGAAGGCGGCGCCCGAGCCACCAGAGAUUGUCGAUGCAGCUGUACAAGCGCAAGAUCGACUAUUGAAUGUUCUCUUCCAGAGAGACACCGAAUACGCGGCGACCGACAACCAACUCUACCUAUAUCAGAGCCUUCCACUGAACGCACCGCAAUCAGCCAGCGGCUAUACGACGCGCACUAUCGUCCCCUCCUCGUACCUUCCAGGACCAAAACCCGCAGCGACGACGAGCGCGGAAUUGCAUCUGCUGGACCGACAACGGAGGGAAGACUUUGUCAAUGAUCUGGUCGAGACCUUCUUCUCGGUGGUGCAUGCUCGCUUCCCGCUGCUGAACCCGCAACUGUUUCGCAAGCGCUACUACGAGCGCAGUCCAGAGGUGGGAGGGGCGCCACCCGACGUCAUCCUCGCUCUUGUGAUUGCGUGGGGUGCCAAGUUCAGCGAGAAUCCGCUCAUCGCACAGGACCGCGAGGAGAGCUCGAGCGAGCUCAAGAAAGCGCACAGCCAGGCAGCGAUGGCGCUCAACAAGGGGGAGACGGAGAAGGCGAAUCAGAUCACAGGUGUCAAAGGCGGAAUCGAGCAGCCCAUCUUGACAGUGCCGCAGGAGUUGAGGGAGCGAGGCCGGAAUCGGAUCGGAGAGCACCUCAUAUGGCGAGCGCAGGACAUCAUGGAUCGCUCACGAGUGUCGAGAGUCCCGUCGCUCGAGAACAUCCAAGCCUGCUUCUUGAUGGAGGCGCUGCUGCUGCACCCGUCGAUCUACUACAACGGCAACGUCAACCUCGCUGGCACGCCCAUCACAGCCAAACACCGAAGCUCAUUAUCGUAUACUACGGGACAUUGGUUCUACAUCGCCAUCAAGCAUCUGCUCGACCUGGGCCUCAACUGCAAAGAAAAGGUCAUGGCGAUCAAAGACGCUGCGCUACGUGGCGAGAUCAUGUUUGUCUGGUGGUCCGCGUGCUGGGCCGACUCGGUCGCAGCCCUCUAUUUCCAGCGUCACCACAUCCUAUCGCCGGAGCAGUACAACAACGAUCCGCACGCCGCCGACGCCGAGAACAAGAACGCGGCACCACAUCCGCUCAACAGCCUCGACUCGUACCACUCGUUCUACGGCAGCGUCUAUGACGCAUUGAUCUUCCAGCGCACGCUCGCGGCGAUGUACUUUGCGCCGCGCAGCUAUGUUGAGGGGGUGCGCAUGGAUACGGUGGUGCAGAUCGUGGCGCAGCUGCGGACGUGGCGCGACGUCCACCUGGAUAAGGUCGGGGUGCCGUUGCCGCACUGGCCUGCGCACUGGGACUACAUCGCCGCGGUGAGCGCCUGCGUGAGCGACAUCAACUACCAUGCGAACUGGAUCAUUCUCUGGCGACUGAUCGACGAGAUGGGCAUCUACGGGACGGAUCGAAGCGAUGCCACUUCGCCGUUGCAUCAGGAACGACUCAAGCGACGUGUCGUCCCUGAUCCUUCCUCGGUGCCGGAGGACGAGCGACCCGAUCCGGAGCAGGUGCAAACAACACUGGCAACGAUCCAAGAAGAAGCGCUCGCCAGCGCCCUCCGCAUCGCCGGCCUAACCGACAUUCUUCGCACCAACCAGUACCUCCGCCUCGACCCGUGCAACUCCCUGCAGAGCCUAGAGCUGGCAGCCCACAUGCUGAUCCGCUUCCAACGGAGCGAGAUCGACAUCAUCGUCGCUGGCUUCCGACAGUACGCCCUGUCAUACGAGGACUGCUUCGACAAGGCCGACUUGAUGGAGGAGCUUGCCGAGGCGUACAUGGAGCGCGCCAGGACAGAUCCUGGUUUCGUACCGGGUUCGGCAUUGGGCUUGGCUAGGGAGAGGGAUGUAGAGGGGGGAGUGGGCGAGGGGAUCCCGGAACUGGCCAUCGCCGCUGCAGCACUGUCGAAUGCUGCUGCUAGCGCCAAUGGUGUCGCGGUCGGGGAGGGAGAGUUUGGGUUCGAGGGGCAUUUGGCGGAGGCUGUUGGUGGAGAGGUGAGGGACGAGGGCGCCUUCGAGGGCAUGUUCGAGCCGGCGCAGGACGGGCUCGAUCAGGCGUGCGGCGAUGUGGCUCUCGAGGGGCACGAGUGA